AUGAUGUCGUCGACUGCCCGUGCCCCACCACCACCACUGAAGCUCGAGAUCAUCGACUCGCGUUCGUUGACCGCCACCGAGACCGUUGUCGCCCUCCACAACUUCCUCUCCAACGGCACCGCCAUUCACUCGGCCCCUACAUCCAUCAACCACCAAGUCACCCAGUUGUACGAGAAGCUUCGUCUCGAAGCCAAGCGCCACAACUAA